UUAUCAGAAGGAGCUCUAGAUGUACAGUCAUGGUGCUAACUGUUGUUCCUUCAGGAAUCGCAGUGUUUCUGCUGGAUAUCGAGGGGACCACAACACCCAUCUCCUUUGUAAAGGAUGUUUUGUUUCCUUACGUCAAGAGAAAUGUGAAGGGAUACCUUCAUACACACUGGCAUGAGAAGGAAUGUCAGGAAGAUGUGGAGCUUUUGAGAAAACAGGCUAAAGAUGACAAUCAAUUCGACGGAGCAGUGCUAAUUCCUGAAUGUCACUCAGGAGAGAAUGCUGACAAGGAACAAGCUAUCAAAGCUGUGAUAAACUACAUCUUGUGGCAGAUGUCCCAGGACAGGAAGACAACAGCUUUGAAACAGCUACAGGGCCACAUGUGGACGGAAGCCUAUGUACGUGGAGAAGUGAAAGGAGAAGUGUAUGAAGAUGUUUCUCCAGCUAUUAAGAAAUGGAGGAAGGCAGGCAAGAAGGUGUACAUCUAUUCCUCAGGCAGCGUGGAGGCUCAGAAACUUCUGUUUGGAUACUCAGUUGAAGGAGACCUAUUGGAGCUUUUUGAUGGCCAUUUUGACACCAAGAUUGGAUCCAAAGUAGAAAUGGAAAGCUACAGAAGAAUUGCUCAAAACAUUGGUUGUUCUACGGGCAACAUACUUUUUCUAACAGAUGUGACUAAAGAGGCAAGGGCUGCGGGACAAGCAGGAGUUCAAGUCACUCUUGUGGUGAGGCCUGGAAACACAGAGCUGACAGAAGAAGAAACGUCUGAUUCUAUUAUUACCUCCUUUAGUGAACUGUUAUUAUCUGAUCACAAAUGAAAACUGAGCAGCUUCAAAAUACAAUCAAAACCAUUCUCCUGCCGUGGGAAUUGCUAAAAUCAUUUCUCUGCAGGGAUUUCCAAUAAAUAUGUUCUAAUCAUGA